AUGGAGCUACCACCGCAAUUUAUUGAAAUUGGCCCCCAAUGCGUGUGGCUCUCAUCGUCCAAUAAAUUGGGCCAUGAAGUUGCCUUUCUCCAAGACCAAUCGAUAGAUACAUUCUGGCAGUAUUUCACGAUCCCCUUUCAUAUUAGAUCCGAUGGAACACUACCCCACCAAAUCACGAUAAUCCUGCCGGAACUUUUAGCUUUCUUUCCAGCUAAGCGACUUGAAAUAUAUGCCGAUAUGUCCGCAGAUGAAAGCUACACGCCCUUUGAGCUCAGCAUCCGUGCAGGUCUACUGCGUCAUGAACAGCAGGAGCUCCAUUUGAUUGAGCUAGACAAUCCCAAUGGAGAAAUGAUAAUUCCUCUGGAGGACGAUUCCGAAGGCCCCAUUAUUGCCCAUGUCCUUUCAAUACAAAUCAACUCAAACUACAUGGAGGGGAAGGACUCUAGAAUUCGUCGGGUUAGAGUAAUCGGAUUGCCCGUCAGGUAUCAAUCGGCAGUGAUAUUUAGCUUAGUUUAUUAA